AUUUCUUUGUUUAUUUGUCGUUCUGCUGACAUGUACAUGUGUAUCGUGUUUAUGCUGUGUAUCUAACCUUUUCCUGUUGGAUUGGUUUGCAAGAUUUUGUGAUAACUGUGGAAUGUCCUUUUACUCAUUUUUAACUAGUCGUCAAGUGGUGAAAUAAGUUUAUCCAUUGUGUUUUGCAUAUAUUUGGAUAUUGUGUCAUAAGACUUAACAAAUAUCAUGGCAGACUUUGCAAAUAUGAAUGUGUCCACAGACAAUGAAGUAUCAGUUUAUAAUACUCCUGACACUACCUUGGUUAUUGACGGCUCAUUCGAAGACUCACUGAAUAUGAACACAUCACUUAUUGAUGCUGAAAAGGGAAUUACUCCCACUGUUAAAAAGCCAAGUAGUAUCAGUCUUGACAACUCUGCUGCUCUCUCUAUUGGCGAACAAUCUUCUCUUUUUGAUAACUCUUUUUCAUCAACAAGAAGUCAAUCAACUAUAAGAGAAAGUCCAGAUGGGACAAGUAGCGUUGGGGAAGGCGAUGAUCUUGCAAGCGAUCUUACAGAUGUAGGUUCUGAUUUGGACACAAGUGUGAGUGAUAAACCUCCAUCUGCAUAUAUGUCACCUGACAAACCAGAAUAUGAAAUUAGUUCUGGGAAACCAGAUGAACCACAGACAAGCGAAAGUAGCUCUGUCAAAGAGGGAUACUGGUUUGAUGAAUACACUGGUAAAGUUUUCCCUCAUACGGUUGCACUUCUUCCGUCAUAUGAUGGAGCACAGGUUUACCUCAUUGGUUCAGUUCACUUCAGCUCUAAAAGCUGUGAUGAUGUCUCUCAGGUUAUUCAAGCUGUUCAGCCUCAUAUUGUGUUUGUGGAGUUAUGUCCAUCACGUUACUUUUACUUGCACCUUGAUGAAGCCACAUUACUAGCAGAGACCAAGAACUUAAAUCUGGCAAAAAUUAAACAACUAAUUCGAACCAAUGGGCUGUUAGGAGGUCUCUUGUUUGCAUUUCUUCACAACACUUCAGCCCAAAUUGCUGAACAAGUUGGUACAGCACCUGGCCUGGAAUUUCGGCGUGCUGCAACUGAGGCUGCAAAAAUCCCAAAGUGCAUGAUUCACCUAGGUGACAGACCACUAGGAACUACUUUGCGACGAGUUAUUGCUUCUUUGUCAUGGUGGGAUUUAAUAAAGCUCGUGUUCAGCUUGUUGAGUGAUAAUGCCAGUAUCACAAAGGAAGAAAUAGAGAAAAUGAAAAAUCAUGGCAUGCUUGAUGACCUUCUGGAUGAGAUGGCAGAAAAGUUACCAGCUGUGAGGCAUGUUUUUCUUGAUGAACGUGACAUAUACAUGGCUCAUUCUCUUCAACUGGCAGCCAUGCAAGUUCAAGUGGAUGAAAAGAAUAACCAUGUCCCAUGUAGGGUGGUUGGUGUUGUUGGUAUUGGUCAUAUGAAGGGUAUAAUUGAGAAGUGGGGUAAAGUGUCUUCAGAAGAAGUCAUACCCAUAUCACAAAUUCCAAAGCCAUCUUUAACUACACGAGCUUUGAGCUUCACUAUAAGAGCAUCGUUUUGGGGCUUAGUUAUCUAUGGUGUAACCCGAAUUAGUCCUAUACGACGAAAUAUUCCGUCAGUAAAUGGAAUUAUGUCGUUUGCUUCAUCCGCCACCAACUACUUUCGCCGAUAGUGUUGGUGAGCCAUGAAGUAGUGUUGGUUAACACAUGAUACUUUAUCAUCGCCACCUCUGAUAUUAAUUUAGUAUUAGUAUAAGGCUGUUGGGCCGAAGUGAGGGAUUAAUGAAAAAGAUUUGUUAUGUAAGUCACUCUUUGCGUUACCUAAUACCCGUAUGAAUAUGUUUUGUUUUAUAAUCCCCGUCUUCCUUUAAAACGAUUAAAUAGCUCUUUGUUGUCAAAGUCA